AUGCCGCACACUAUUUUUCACGAUUUGGCGCUCAAUUUUAAAAAGGAUCAACACUGGUCUCAAAUCGAAACCCAAUUCUAUCAGGCAUUAACCGCUUUGGAAUGGUCUCCAAACGGAAACCACUGUGCUGUUGGUAAACUCGAUGGAUCCGUUCAAAUACUUUGCAUUGAAGAUUCUUUCGUUCCAUGUUGCUCAAUUGAGCCAUCCACUUCAAAAAUCACGAGCGUUUCCUUCAAUGAAACAUCGGAUCUUUUUGCGUCAACAUCGAUCGAUGAGAAAUUUGCAUUUAUCACAGGCUUUAAUGUGAGCGAUGGGAAAUUGAAUAAACGAUCAUCUCGAGUGAAAUGCUUGGAGAUUCCUCGUUUCGUCUCUUUCAUGGAGGAUGUGGCAAGGGGUCAGAAUAUUCUUGUCGCUGGGACACAGAGUGGAUUGAAACUCUUCGAUGUGGAUAGUGAGACAAUAUUCCGAGAAGUUAUGAUAAAAGGUGGUGCCACUUCGCUUCGCAGUUGGCAUGGCUGCAUGUUGGCGGUGGGUGUUGGCGAUAAAAGUGUUCAGAUUUGGGAUGUUCGCGUCAGAGAUCCCGUUUGGGUUUAUCGACCACAAGGUGCAGCAGUUCGCCCAUGUUUUGAUGUGGAUAAUUCGAAUCGCGUUUUAAUCGUCGCCGAUGAUAAAGGAGGAGUCACUUCAUUAGAUCUCGUCGCUCGGAAAGAGAUUUCGAAAAAGAAGGUAAUGUCCAACUCAAUUAAAGCGUUGAGGAUUAGCUCUAUCAUGAGAUUUCUCGUUUCAACUGACGGAGAAAGCACCUCAAUCUCAAACUUCAACGAUCCAGUCAACAUCGCUUCACAUCAACUAGAAAAACCUACGUCAAUACUAGGUUUUAGAUGGCAUCCAGAAGAGUGCUCUUUCUUGACUCGAUCCAGUGACAAAAUCCUCAGGAUUUGGCAGUACACUCCGAGUCAAUCCACCAUA